AUGGCAACACAGAAACUCACCGACUCUUCAAUUCUCAUUGUCGGCGCCGGGACUUGGGGAUGCUCAGCUGCCCUUCACCUAGCCCGCCGAGGAUACAAAAAUGUCAAAGUGCUGGAUCCACACCCGGUGCCCUCGCCCAUUGCUGCGGGGAACGACAUCAACAAAAUCAUGGAGCACAAGGAACCAAGACCCCCGAAUCCUGAUUCCCGAAGCAUCGCCUCUGCAACCUUCACCAGGGCUGCAUUGAAAGGCUGGAAGACGGAUCCAGUCUUCCAACCAUAUUUCCAUGAAACGGGAUUCAUUGUCUCGGGCCAUACACCCGCUCUCAUAGAACACAUCAAAAAAGAAGAGAUCGAUCAAUCCGAAGGCGACUGGGUGGCCUUGGACUCGGCCGAGGAUUUCCGCCAAACCAUGCCGCCGGGUGUAUUGACAGGAGAUUUCCCCAACUGGAAAGGCUGGAUCAGCCGAUCCGGAGCAGGAUGGAUCCACGCUCGUAAGGCCAUGGUCUCUGCAUACACCGAGGCGCAACGUCUAGGUGUAAAAUUUGUUGUAGGCUCGCCCCGAGGAAACGUUGAAAGCUUGGUCUACAAAGAUGGGGAUGUGGUUGGGGCCCAAACUGCAGAUAGUGUAGGUCAUUAUGCAGAGCGUACAAUUCUCGCGGCUGGAGCUGGUAGCGAUCGACUGCUAGACUUCAAAAACCAGCUGCGCCCAACUGCUUGGACUUUGUGCCACCUCCCUAUGACGCCCGAUGAGGCUACGAAGUAUCGCAACCUGCCUGUUCUUUUCAAUAUCGCAAAGGGCUUCUUCAUGGAGCCGGAUGAAGAGAACAAUGAGCUUAAGAUCUGCGAUGAGCAUCCGGGGUACUGCAACUUUGUGUCGGAUCCCGAUCACCAAGGCGAAAAGAGAAGUAUUCCUUUCGCCAAGCAACAGAUUCCAAUUGAAGCCGAGGUGCGGGCUAGGGAUUUUCUUCGUGACACCAUGCCACACCUUGCUAAUCGACCUUUCUCUUUCGCUCGUAUCUGUUGGGAUGCCGAUACGGUGGAUCGUGCGUUUUUGAUAGAUCGACACCCUGAGUAUAGAUCUCUCGUGGUGGCCGUCGGCGGCUCGGGAAAUGGGGCUAUGCAGAUGCCCACCAUUGGGGGAUUUAUCUCAGACGCGUUGGAAGGAAAAUCACCAAAGGAAUUGAAGGGUCUUGUCCGGUGGCGACCGGAAAUUGCAGUCGAUCGUGACUGGAAGUCUACACAGAACCGCUUUGGUGGACCUGGUAUACUUAUGGACUUCCAAGAUGUGAAGGCUCAUGAAUGGACUCAAAUCGGAGAAGGCAGCAGCAAAGAAAUUAGACUGUAG